AAUGCCUGGCAAGGCCAAAGCUCCCAAGAAAGGCUCCAAGAAAGCCGUGUCCAAAGCCAAGGGCACCAAGAAGCGCCGGAGGUCGAGGAGGGAGACCUACUCCAUCUACGUCUACAAGGUGAUGAAGCAGGUUCACCCCGACACCGGCAUCUCCUCCAAGGCCAUGACCAUCAUGAACUCGUUCGUGAACGAUAUUUUCGAGCGCAUCGCGGGCGAGGCUUCCCGUCUGGCCCAUUACAACAAGCGGUCGACCAUCACCUCUCGGGAGAUCCAGACCGCCGUGCGCCUGCUGCUGCCCGGGGAGCUGGCCAAGCACGCCGUGUCGGAAGGGACAAAGGCGGUCACCAAGUACACCAGCUCCAAGUGAAGCCGCAGAGAGUGCUGACUUGACAAACCCAAAAGCUCUUUUAAGAGCCACUCAGUUUCCACGGAAGAGUUAAUGCUUCGUCAUUCGACUGCAACGAGCUUGUCUUCGGAGGUUUUUACUGUCGGAGGUAAUUCUGAUUCUGUUUAUAUCAAGUAAAUUUCCCGGUGUCACCGUCCCAGCCCACCACCCGAACAAGGACAUUUUGCCCUCAUUUCCGUCAACUUGUCGCGAUUUUCUCUUUCACACACGAAGAUUUACACAUGGAGUGGACUGAGGUCAAGAUGUUUGAUUUUGCUGAUGUUACUUAAUUAUUGUGAACGCAAUGUCUUAACUGCCGUAACCCGUGUGUUGUAAAAGCCCUGAAUCCGAUUUCAAAUCGAGAUCACUAUGGUUUCACUCACGGUCCUUUCACAGAGCAACUAACACUACAGUCUCUGCUUCGGCUGCAGUUUACAAGUGGUGACCCAUCUAUGCGUUGUACGUAACAGACUGACCCGAUCGCGUUCUGCAAAUCGGUGUUUAUUCCCAUAGGUAACCAGUGGAAAUGAAAGUGAAGAUUAUAAUCAAAUAAUCGCUGAUGUGAGGAAUUCACACACGAUCGUUAUUAUAAAAGAGGAGGGACCUUACCACGGUGAAAUCCUGCUUACACGCCUGCAGUUGUGUUUGAACUAAUGGACAAAGUUAUAAUCUUGGCGGAUUUUCCAUAGUCUGGGGACUGAGGUUAGUCUGGAGUAUCUGUCAUCCGUUCAGUGGAGAAUCGGUCCGCUCGCUGAUUUCACCACUCUGCGUUGCUCCAGAAAGUCCUGAAGCCAGCGCCAGAGAAUUUCCUCAGUUUUGUAAAAUACGGGGGAAUUUUAAGGAACUCAGGACUGGGAGGGAGCCCAGGCUGAGAGGCCGCAUUGUGCCGCAGAAAUAAGUUGUUUCAUUUCAGUUAAGGGUCAAGUCGUGGCUUGGAGGGACUUGUCUGCUUCAGGUACACUGAAUGUACGCUCCGGAGCUCAGCCCUUCCACAGACACUGUGAGUGGCUCUGAAAAGAGCCUUUGUCUCGCCAUAUAGAUGCUUCGCAGAUCUAUUUGCCUUUGGGCUGGUGGGUCCGCCGGUUUUCUUCGGCAGCACCCCGCCCUGAGCGAUGGUCACCCCUCCCAGCAGCUUAUUGAGCUCCUCGUCGUGGCGGAGGGCGAGCUGCAGGUGUCUGGGGAUGAUGCGGGUCGUCUUGGUUUCUCGGGCCGCGUUUCCGGCCAGCUGGAGGAUUUCAGCCGAGCUCAGUAGCCAAAUAGACCGGGGCUCCGGCACCCACUCGAUCAGCAUAGUUGCCUUUUCUCAGGUGCUUGUACACACGCCCGGCCAAGGGAAAACUAAAAUAAAUCAAUCGUCCUAAACACGCAUCAAUAACAACUUUCUGUGUGAACACAGAUUCCCUGCAUAACCAGUAAUUUCAUCUCGCUCCGCUUCUGUCCAUACAGAAUGUGAACUAAUUGUACAAGGGCUGAUCCUGGGAAUUUGUGGAACUUUCUGAAAGUACAUCAGAUUAUGGACGGGUCAGAUUUCUCAGACUGUGAGCUGAGCCUCGGGAACAGCACGAGGCGCACCAAUCUCGGCCUCACCUGGAAGAGCUCUUUCGGCCCGUGACAGGUGGAGAGGGACGAGGUGUAGCACCUCCUGUGAGUGCAGGGAAAGGGCCCGGGGGUCAGGGAGGGGUGAGUGAACCAGGGAAUCACGGAGGAAAUUAUCUCAGCCCAAGGCAGAAAGGGAUAGGGAUCAGAAGAUUUAGGCGGAUAAUUCCUCAAACCCACAGAUACUGCUCAACCCACUGUGUUCCUCAAACAGAUUGUUCAUUGCUCCAGAUUCCGGCAUCGGUUUCCUUUCUCAGGUUGUUACUAGUAAAUGCAAUAAGCAAGGCCCAGUGUAUUUAGCCUUGCAGAUGGCUUUCUAUAACAUACAUAAGAGUCAGAGAGCAUUGAAAUAGGUCCUUCAACGAAUUUGUCCAUUCUGUGUUGCUAGCCAGCUAGUCCCACCUGUCCAUGUUUGGCCUAUAGCCUCUAAAACUCUCCUUUCCAUGUACAUAGCCAGAUGACUUUUAAAUGUCGCUUGUGUGCCUGUCUCAACCACUAUUUCUGGUAGCUCAUUCCAAAUACACACCAGCUUUUGCUUGAAUAAUCUGCCUCUUGAUGUCCCUUUUAAACCUCUCUCCUCUGAUCUGAAACUAAUGCUGUCUUGUUAUUAUCCCAGGGGAAAUGACUAUGUAUUUUUACCCUGUGUAUGUCAGUCAUGAUCUUGAAUCCUUCAAUUAGUUCACCCCUAUAGCUAUGUUCCAGGAAAUAAAUUCCAAGUUUACACCUCCCCUCCUUGUAAAGGAUGCAAAGAAAGAGUGGAAGAGCAAGCAAGGGAGGGCGGAUCUCUCUUCACCAUUGGAGCACUAUACUGGUGUCUGGGAAAGACAGAACAGCUUUAGAAAGGUCUGACUGAAAUGGUGCCAGCAAUGAGGAACUUCUAUUCUGUUGUGAACUCCAGAAGCUGGAGCUUUUCUUCUUGGAACAGAGGACAUUGUAUAGCAAUCUAAUUUGUAGGAGUGGAAGACACUGGACUGAAGCUGUCCGUGAACAUGGUAAGGUUAUGAUGUAGUGGUUACUGAAGAAAGGUCACUGGGAAAGGAUGGACGGUGCUGUGAGGAGAAGCAUUCUUCAUUCUCUUCAUACCCAUCUCCCAGUUGAGAGAGCUGGAAUGGUUUGCAGAGACGUGGGGAGAGGCAGGGGAGUAGGACUGACUGGAUCGAUCUUCAGAGGGCUGCAUCCCCAAAAGUGGCAGCACAGUGAAUUUGGGGAGUGAAGAGAAUACACGGGAUGAUUGACUUCAUCAUCUGUUGCGUAGACAAUACCACAAAUUUUAAACAAAGGUACCUCAUAUUCAUCCAUUGGUUGUAUUAUAUCCAGCUGGUAUAGUUUAUAUUCUACUAGCUCUAUUGCACCUUUCUUUAUGUUUAAUCUUCUGCACUUAUAUAGUCCAAAUUCAUGUAUAUAUCUUUCAAAAAUUUGAAUAAAUUGUUUUAGCUCUAUGAUGAAAAAGCAAAUAAUUUCAAAUCAUCCAUGCCCAGAAGGUGUGCCGUGGUCUAAUUUGGUUGUCUCUCAUUCAAUAGCCUAUUUUCAUCAUAUUGAUUAAAUAGAGAGCAGGUUUAAAGCUAGACAAAACCAUGGUUGGCUUAGGGAGUCACCCUGCAAAAUGGCUCGGUUUAUUUUUGAUGACGGUGGCUGUUUUGGUUGUUAAUAGAUAGUGUGAUUUUAGUACGCCAAUGCUUCAUCAGAUGUCAGAAUUUUACAAGUAUUGGGCGUAGUUUAUAUAUAUUAAGAACCUGUUAAGCAUGAGUGUGGGACAUAAUCAAAUGCUUUUUGGUAGUCAAUAUAACAACAUGAAAGAUUUCUGCUUUCCUGCUGAGCUUGAUUUAGAAAUAAAGAAUCUAUUAUCAGUUGUUUAUUACAUCCUUUCAUACCCUUACAGCAUUCUUUCUGCUCUUCUGUAGGAAUAUUGUUUACAGGUGGAGCUCCAAUGUCUGUCCAACUGGCGCAGGUGUGAGAAUAGAUCACUUUGGGUGCUAAGGGGAGAAGUCAGGGCCCAGGUAGAGGAGAUUUGAUGACCACACAAUUGGCCCAGGUGCGAGGGCAGAUUUCUCUGGGCACCAGGCUGAUUUGAAGAGCUUCAGAGCGGCUUCAGGCUGGGCGAUGAAAUCUGGCCAUAUUGAGUUGCUGGGUGGUGUGGUGUAGGCCUGGAGCAUCUUGCUGCAGCCAGGUCCUGGUGCAAGGUAUGAUCCACUAUUUAGUCAAUUUAAAUGCCAGCCCAGGUCGGAGGUGAGAGCCAAUUUUGCUCACUCUCCAUGAUCUUUUUCCCUCUCUCCAGGGUGCCAGACCCUUUAGCUGUUUUGUUAAUUUAAACAUAGGCCCAGUUAAGCUGAAAUGACAGGGUGCUGGUGUAUGGGGUAACAGCCGAUUUCACUCUGCAUUGUCCAUGGCGCUGAGGCUAUGAAGACUGUCCCGGCUGCUAUGCUCUGCGCCUAAGUAAGGCUUUGGGCCUACUCCGGGGUUCAGUUCUGAGGACUCAGUUUUAGUUCGGAAUGUUCUUGUUUGCAUGAUUUAUGAUUUUUUUCUUCUCCUCUUGUGCAUUGGGUGAAGGUCUUUUACUUCUUUUCUUGAAGUCGGUUCUUUUAGGUUUCUUGCUUUGUGGCUACCUGUGUGAGCAAGCAAAUACGAUAUGAUGGGUCGUGAUCAUUGUAUACUUAUAAAUCCAAAGCAACACAUUGGCGAUCAGACAGCACUUAUGAAAUGUUGCAUAAUUUAUACAUUCUUUGAUAGUAAUUGUACUUGAAUCAUGAAUAUUGUGGUUACCUAAGUGAGUGCUGAUUAGUUGUGAGAUGCAUGAUGUUGCAAUUUUACAUAUAAUUUGUAAACAAGUAAUAAGAUGAUAUUGUGAUGGAUCAUUUGUGAUUUCUCCUUUAGGUAAGAGAUAUGUUUUAUCUUCUGUCAAGAACCCGGGCACUUUAUAAGAAAAUUGUUGAUAUGUAUUAACAGAUAUGGAUGAAGGCAAGGAACAUUUUUUAUGGCAAUAAUUAUGAAUAUUAUCACUUUUGGUACUUUUCCAGUUGUGGGUAUUUUUUCAUAACCACUUUUAGCCUAUCCAUUGUAACUUCACAUAUUUGCAUGUCUUCAAUUGUGCCUGUGCGUUCUUUUUCCUCCCUAAUCCAGCUUGUGUCGUGUUUGCGUGUCACCCUGUUUGACCAGAUAUCAGUCCAAGAGUUCAUUAUCAUUGUGUUUGUUGGUAAUUCUGUGCUAGCGUUGUGCUGAAUUUAGUUUAAUGGUCUGUAUAAACAUUUUUCAUUGUUCCUGAAAACUGAUAAUUCUGUUUUCUUCAUCGGUGUUUUUCAUGUACAGUAUCUAUUUAGUCUGGCUUUGUAUGUACCAAGCUUUUGUUUUAGUGCAUCUGUAAAUUCUACCUGCCGAAGGGUUUUGGCCCAAAAUGUCAACUGUACUUUUUUUCCAUAGAUGCUGCCUGGCCUGCUGAGUUCCUCCAGUAUUUUGUGGGUAUUGCUCAGAUUUCCAGCAUCUGCAGAUUUUCUCUUGUUUGUAAAUCCUACAGUGCUUUUGUUAGCUUGAUCGUGUCUUGUGCGCAUCUUGUAUUUCCAUAGCUUUUCUUUUAUCUCUCUUGCUCGGGUUAUCAUUGAUCAGGUGGGCUAUUUCUGCUCUUAAGGUUUCAAUUUUGUUUCUUCAUCUCUUCUGCCAAUUUUGGUGUUCUCAUUUCAUUACUCAGCUUUCAGUUUCCAUUACUGAGUGCCUCUACUUUGGAGCCAUUUACACUGCACUGCUGUUAGUGCUGUGCAGUAUGAUAUUGUGUAGUUCCUCAAAAGUUAUUAUUAUUAAGGCUAUUUUAAAUAUCUCUGCCAGGAGACCUUUUCAGGCCCCCUAGGGAUUAAUCCAGCUUAAUUUUCCUCAAGGCAGCAAACACUUUCUCAUAUAUAAUCCACGUACAGUCCAGGACCUCACUGCUGUUUUGCCCCAUUUACUUUAUAUAGACUUGAUAUAGCCUCCCGAGUAAAUCCAGAUUUUAAAAAAAUCAUUUAAGAUCCCAGUGUCUUUUGGCUCAAUGCAUAGAUAAGCAAACUGAUCCUCAAGAGGACUAAUUCUGUUCCUUGCUAUUCUGUCAACACUCAACUCAUGGUCCAAUCAGAACCUGCCGAAUAACUAUCUUGAAACUAAUGGAGUUAUGAUCACUACAUGCAAAGUGUUCCAUUAAACACACUUCUGUCACCCGCCCUGUCUCAUUCCACAAGAGGAGACCAGUAUCGUAAUCUCUCCAGCUGAGAACUUUGCAUAUUGGUUAAGGAAAUUUUUUUGAAUAUACUUUGCUAACUCUAUCACAUCCAAUCCCUUUACAAUAUAGGAGUUCCAGUCAAUCUGUGAAAAGUUAAAAAAAUCACCUGUUUUAUUUCUUGCAAUUGUCUGCAAUUCAAAAUACUGCCGACUAUUGGGAGGCCCAUAGUUACAUUAAUGUGCUCAUCUCUUGUUUAUUAACAAACAAUAUGGCAGUAUCUAUGAAAAAGAGUACAGUUGACGCUUCGGGCCGAGACUAUUUGGCAGGACUUUUUAUUCCUCAGUAGACAGGCCCUCCAGUAUGUCCUUUCUGAGCACUACCGUGACAUUUUUCCUCAUGAGUAAUGUUACCCCUCCUCCUUUAAUGCCUCCCUCUCUAUCAUGUCUAAAAUAACAGAACCCUGGAACAUUAAACUGCUGACCUGUCCCUCACACAAUCAAGUCUCAAUAAUGAAUACAACAUUGUAAUUCAACAUGCUUAUCCGUGCUCUAAGUUCAUCUACCUUACAAUUGUCCUUGCGUGGAAAUAGAAAAUUGGUCAGAACAUUAAUCCCACAAUGAUCAACCUUUGGUUUCUCUCAUUGCUUGUAGGGUUAAUGUCUACUUCCACUUGCUGCCCUGGCACUCUGGUUCCACACACCUGCAACUGGAGUUGAAAUCUGCUCAUCCCUCCCCACUGAUGUCCCUCCUGGUAAUAAUCCUUGCAAACAAAACAAGUGCUACACCUGCCCCUACACCUCCUCCCUCACUACCAUUCAGGGUCCCAAACAGUCCUUCCAAGUGAGGUGGCUCUUCACCUGCAAGUCUAUUGGGGUCAUCUACUGUAUCUGGUACUCCCAGUGUGACCUCCUGUGUAUCAGUGAGACCCAACAUAGAUUGGGAGACCACUUUGUUGAGCAACUACAUUCAUCCACCAGAAAAGUGGGAUUUCCCUGUAGCCACCCAUUUCAAUUCUACUUCCGAUUCCCUCUACUGCUGCGAUGAGGACACACUAGGUUGGAGGAGCAGAACCUUAUAUUCUUUCUGGGUAGCCUCCAACCUUAUAGCAUGAACAUCAAUUUCUCAAACUUCUGGUAACUGCCCCCACCGCCUACUAUUCCACAUUCUUGUUUCCCUCUGCUCCUUACCUUCUUAUCACCAUCCUUCGGUGUCUUUUUCCCUACCCUUUCUUCCAUGGUUCCUCUCCUCUCCUAUCAGAUUCCUUCUCUCCACUCCUUUAUCUCUUUCACUAAUCAACUUCCCAGCUCUUUACCUCACCCUUGUACUUCUUCCUUCCCUCCCCCAUCUUCUAGCACUGAUUUCUCCCCUUCCUGAAGAAGAGUCCUGGCCCAAAAAGUCAACUGUUUAUUCUUUUCUUUAGAUGCUGCCUGGCCUGCUGAGUUCCCCCAGCAUUUUCUGUGUGUUGCUCCAGGGAACUGCAGUUUACAUUGGACUGUCCAAGACAGCGAGUGUCAUAGGGUGGUGGCUCAGAACGGACCCAAGUGCAAGACACAGCCACUGAAGUACUAGGGACAGGACUAGCAUACAGGGCGAGGGCAAGGACAUGGACAGGAAAACCGGGAACCUGGAACAGGGCUGGACAAGAGAGCUAGGCGCCUGGGCUUGGACUCCGAGCCAGAUACUGGACAAGGACCCAGUACCUGGGUCUUGCCUCUGGCUCGGACCCCAGAACUAGGCAAGGAUGAGGCUGGAGCCUUCAGGCUUGAGGCUAGAGACUAGAGGCGAAGCUUGGCAGGAGGCAGGAGGCUGGAGUCUUCAGGCUUGAGGCUAGAGGCUAGAGACUAGAGGCGAGGCUUGGCAGGAGACAGGAGGCUGGAGUCUUCAGGCUUGAGGCUAGAGACUUGAGGCGAGACUUGGCAGGAGUCUUCAGGCUUGAGGCUAGAGGCCCGAGAUGAGGCUUGGCAGGAGGCUGGAGUCUUCACUCUUGAGGCUAGAGGCUAGAGGCUAGAGGCUCCUCCUGGGCAGGGCACGGAUCACCACCUGUCAGAGGCAAAGGACAGAACCAACUGCAGGUAACGGCAAAAUGGCCUGGCUUACCCGACAGAGGCAAGGGUUAGGAAGGGACAGAACCAACCGUAGGUUACGGCCUGGCUUACCCGAUGGAGGCAAUGGACAGGAAGGGACAGAACCAACCGCAGGUAACGGCAAGACGGCCUGGCUUACCUGGGCGGAGGCAAGGGACAGGAAGGGAGCUAGGUACAGGGUGGCUCCAGGACAAGACUGCAGGCGAGAGUUACCAGCAAGAUAAGGCAAGGCUUCAGGCAAUGCAAAGCAAGACGAGUACUUCAGGUGAGGCGAGAGUUACCGGCAAGACAAAGCAAGGCUUCUGGCAAAGCAAGGCGAGACAAGAACUUCAGGUGAGGCGAGAGUUACCGGCAAGACAAGGCAGGGCUUCAGGCGAGGAAACAGAAGGCAGAGGAAGGGAUACAAGGAGUAAAGACAAGAACAGUCCAGCAGCCACGCCCUUGUCUCCGAAGGUAUUUAUGCAGCCAGCCCCAACGAGCAUCAGCUGCCUCAAUUAGAGCUCAACAAGAACAGAAACAGGGUAGACAGGAAAACCUGGAGCAAGGGUCGAUGGACCGGACCGUGAACCGGAAAACGGACUUCACGGACUGGACCAUGACAACGAGACCAUCUGAACUCCAGAGAAUUAAAUGAUGGACAUGAUAUGGACUCUGCAGGGGUCUCUAAUGUCUCAAGACAGGAUGACAGUGAUGUAAUAAUAUAUAGCACACUUCCAAAUAUUCUCCAAUACACCACCUUCCUGCAGAUCCAGAACAAACAUGCACCCCCUUUUAUUAAAUAUUCCAGCAACAGCGAUGUAAAUAUUAUACCUAUGAUUCACCAUUUAUUAAUUUCCAAUAAUUCUGUCUGACCUUCAGUGUGUUGCUUUGGAUUUCCAGCACCUGCAGAAUUUCUUUUAUUUAUAAUUAUACAAUGAUCACACCACCUCUAAUCACAUUAAACAGGAUCAUUUAUUUAAAUAUAAUCAACAUGAUUGAGGGAAUAUCAUAUCUGACCCUGUUCAUGUCUUAUCCUGUAAUAUAUCUGAUGUCCAUGACAAAGCUGUUAAAUCUUUUCAUAUGUUUACAAAAUAAGUGGCUUUUUGCUUGAUUUCAGAAGGUAUCAUUCUAGGAGGGAAUAGUUUAUGCAAUUACACUCCACGAUGUCCAAAAUGGGGUAAUGAUUCAGGAAUUAUUAUUGAUAAUCAGUAAAAUAUUACAAUUCAAUAAAGCUCCUGUCAAGUAAUAUGAAAUGGUGUAAGUUUGUAGACAAUACCUGCUUCCUGUGUGGGAACAGAGCCCUCACCUCUCUUCCAAUAAUUGGUUAGGAUUUUGUUAUUUAGGGUAUAUUUUUCCUACCUUGAGAUAUACACUCACCUUAGCUUUAUCUCCUGAGUUCAGAAGUAAACGAGGCAUUUCAGAAGGAGAUUGUUUUUGCAUCAAUGUUAUUCCCAUUUAAUGGUGUCGCAAGUAAAAGAGAGAUUAAAAAUGUUGAUGCAGCCCUAGAAAAAGUAACGACACUGCGGAAGCCUUGGGAAACAUAACAACAGAAAUGGUUACCAUGUGUAAGGUGGUUCUUCAAAACCAUUUUGCAUUAGCCCUUCUCUUAGCAGUUAAGGGGGAACAAGUGCAGUUACUGUAUAGGCAGGAAGUGUUGUUGUGGAAGAAAAUAUCCAGAGUUGACACUGUAUUGAGCAAGGGUUAAUGAUCUUCAAAUGUAAAAUCAAAGUCUACUGUGACUAAUGUACUCUGUGCUGCUGACAAUGUGCCUUUCAGUCAGGCUGAUUAAAAUAACAAUGUUUGUAUUUGUUGUUCUAAGAAUCAUCACAUGUCUGAUAUACUCCUUUAGCUGGUCUGAUAUACCCUUUUGAGAAAUUAACACUGAAGUAAAUGUGUAACUGCUCAGGGACAUAUCCUGCAACUUUGGUACUCAGCAGAACUGCCAUUGAAGUUCCUCCUUCUGAUUAUGUGUUUUCCUCUCGUAUGCUUGGGAUAUAAAUAAGAGCGUGACCCGUUGUCAGACAGAUUCUCACGAUCUCCGCGUUUAGGAGGAUGGGCUCUCCAUGAUAUCAUGCUACAAUAAAGAUGUUCUGAAAUGAUCUCUCUCCGUGUC